UUCUGCAACUAUUGCAUGCAAGUCAAUUAUAUAUCCAAAUGCAGCCUUAAACAUGCUAUUCCAACAAAUAACUGUUUGCAGUUCAGAGAUGAAAAGGCACAUUGGGUUUAUUUGGCAAAAAAAAAAAAAAAAAAGGAAAAAGGAAAAAAAGUCUCCUUAGUGCUCAUUUGGUUGCUUUUGGUCUUUUGGCUACCAGGUUUUACGAGAACUGCAUUGUCAUUGUGGUCCAUGACGCUACUCACAUUGUACAUCAGAGUCCAGGUCAACAUCCUGGGGAGACAUCUCUACAUCGAUACAGCUCGGGGUUUGGGAAGCUCCGGAGUGUUGGAUGAAAUCGAUGCAUUUGACAGGCACAGCCAGCAAGAGUUUCUAGCAACCGCUGACUAUCUUUCCAACUAUGGCAUGAGCUCAUUGAUUCCGAACAUGCAGAGAGCUGCGAUGGAAGUUCUCAAGGAAAAGCAGCUGAGGGACCCAUUCAGCACUAACCAACUACGUGAAACCAUUGUGCAAAUAUUGGAUUCGUUCAUGAGCAUGGGGCCCCCUCAUCAGUGGGUGACCUACUUGGUACCUGAAAAUGCUAUUGUAUACAAACAGCUGGUGGCUGCAUCAAGUGAUGGUUCCGCACUGCUUCCAGAUGUCAGCAAACUCGACCAACUCAUGGCAGAGACACGGGUCGUUCUAUCAAGUGAUGAUUUCAGAAAUGUUGCGAAGAUAUCACUGAAAAAGGUGGUGGACGGGUUGAUGGAAGAGGUUGAGAUGCAAUCGAAAAGUGGUCCUUCGUUGGGGGUCCCACUCGCAAAACUCUUGCCACGAGUGGCCCAGUUGGGUACACGCCUACUCGAGGAGCCGAGCCAAAAUAGUUUUAUUCAGAUCAUCCGAAGCUUACCGGAAGUCGAACUGUUCUACACUCUCCUCUAUGCAAACAUGCCUAUGAUUUCAUAAUUCCAACCAUGUAUGAUCAGAAUCCUAUGACCCUAUGUGGAAGCAUGGAACACAUUCAUGAGAUCUUGGCCAUUCAUCAAUGGGUGCCCCACAGUGAAUGCCUGCUUAUCCAUAAAUCAGGCCCGUCCAUGGUCCACUCUUCUCAGGAGAGCGCACAUGCCUGAAAAAUGCAGUUGAAAAGGAGGCCAAUGGUCCACAUUAACUGGACAAGUGUGGCCCACCUGAUGAAAUAAGAUCAAGCUCAUGUGUUUCAUCCACUUGGCGAGUAGGCUCGGCAGACAAAAAAAGGGGGGAAAAUCUAAUGAUCUUAGUGAAAGAGAGGCUGUGAUUGCCUGAAUUUAUGGCAUUUGAUUGCAUUGUAGCAUUGAAUGUGUGGGUCAUGAACAUGGAUGGCCCUGAUUUUAAGUAGGUGGGGUUUGAAUUUCAGUAGCUGGGGGGAAAAUAAUGAAUAGGGAAAGAGAAGGUUUGAUUCGAUCAUAGAAGCCCCGUUAUUUGCUCACAUUAGGUGAAAGGUGAGAGUUAGUUUAUUUUAUUUAUUUAUUUUAUCAUUAUUUGCUUCUCUUUAAUAACAUGUUAUUUGAUGCUCGA